AAAAACAGAAAACAACAUUGACCACUUGACGGCCCUUGCUAUCACCUUCUAUAUAAUGAAUCAAACCCCAUCAAAGUUAAACAUUCUAAAAGGCCUAACACACACUCACACACUUGAUGAAGAUGUUUCUCACAAUCCUCUUCACCUUUGCACUCCUGUUCUCCUCCUCUCAAGCUUCAGUGCAAGACUUCUGCGUCGCAGACCUAUCAUUGUCAGAUACUCCUUCGGGUUACCCUUGCAAGAAGCCUUCCACAGUCACUGUAGACGCUUUCGUUUUUUCCGGCUUGGGUGUUGCCGGCAACACUAGCAAUCUCAUCAAAGCAGCCGUGACCCCGGCCUUUGUCGCUCAAUUUCCAGGUGUCAAUGGCCUUGGCCUGUCCAUGGCGAGGUUAGACCUCGCUGUGGAUGGUGUCAUUCCAUUGCACACACACCCUGGAGCAUCAGAGGUCCUAAUUGUUAUCCAAGGGACUAUUUGUGCAGGGUUCAUAUCUUCUUCCGCCAAUGUUGUCUAUUUUAAAACUCUCAACAAAGGAGAUAUAAUGGUUUUUCCACAGGGAUUAUUGCACUUCCAAUUUAAUUCAGGGAAAAUACCUGCUCUUGCAUUUGCGAGCUUCAGUAGCCCCAACCCGGGUCUCCAAAUCACUGAUUUCGCGUUGUUUGCAAACGAUUUGCCUACUGAAUUGGUGGUGAAGGUCACUUUCCUUGAUUUUGCUCAAGUGAAGAAGCUCAAGGCUGUCCUUGGUGGCACUAAUUGAGCAGUAAAACCCUCUCUGUGCCUCUAAAUCUCUUGGAGAAUUUGGCAUUUUCAUGUUUCUGAAUUAUGUAUGUUGAUUGAUUAAGGAUUGGUAGCACACGAUUACGAUCUAGUAUGUUUGCGGUGGUUUGGUUUUUCGAGGUAUAUUGUUGUCUCAAGUGUCUCGUGAAAUGCUUUUGUUUGUUGGUCGAUGUGCCAAAAUAUAAGCUUGAAGAGUGGAAUCUAAGUGGUGGUCAGUUUGUAAUAAGCAACAUUUCUUUCAAGGGAAGGCCUAGCCUAGGGCUUUUUUACCUGAAUAAAUUGGAUAACUGUUCAUGUUUUACUAGGUUUGUUUCUCAAUAUGCAUAGGGGAAAAAAAGAAAAA